AUGGUAAAUAUUCGACGCGAUAAAACAGAUCGUUUGGAGGGAUGGCGGGCUUCAGUGUUGGGGGCUUCGCGUCGUUUAUUGGUGACUCUCGGCAGUCUCUCCAGGGACAGUUCGCCAAGUCCUGCCAGGAAGGAAGCCACUCUACCGAGUCUUCCGGUUCCGGACCUGGAGCCGACCUUGCAGAAAUACUUGGCCCAGGUCGAGGCAAUUGCACCGCAGCAUUUGCCCAAGACCAGGAGCCUGGUGAAGGCCUUUCUUUCUGGACCUGGACCCAAGCUGCAGCAGAGACUUUUGGAACGUCGACAGAAGAUGACCAACUGG